GCCGUUUUGGAUUCAUUCUCACAUUUCUAGAUUUCGAACAAUGGGUGAAUUCCUAUUCAACAUCGACCAUGGAUAUCUCGAGGCUCUUAUCCGAGGAUUCAAAGGAGGCCUGCUAUCUCAGACAGAUUAUGCUAAUUUAGUUCAGUGCGAAACCUUAGAGGAUUUGAAGCUUCACAUACAGUCAACUGAUUAUGGUAACUUCUUGGCUAAUGAGCCUGGAUCAAUCACUGUGCAAGUGCUCGAUGAGCGUCUGAAAGAGAAGCUGGUCACCGAAUUCACUCAUCUCAGAAAUAAUGCGCUGGAACCUCUUGCUACUUUUCUCGACUAUAUCACGUAUUCGUACAUGAUCGACAAUAUCAUCCUUCUCAUCACCGGUACCCUUCACCAGCGCCCAAUUUCUGAGCUCAUCAGCAAAUGUCAUCCACUCGGUUCUUUCGAGCAAAUGGAAGCUAUCCACAUUGCAUCUACACCAGCAGAGUUGUAUAAUGCAGUAUUGGUGGAUACUCCAUUGGCUAACUACUUUGUUGACUGUAUCAACGAACAGGAUUUGGAUGAGAUGAACGUGGAACUGAUUAGGAACACUUUGUAUAAAGCGUAUAUCGAAGAUUUCUACAAAUUUUGCAAGAAGUUGGGCGGCACUACCGCUGAAGUCAUGUGUGAAAUCCUUGCUUUUGAAGCUGAUCGCCGAGCAAUUAUCAUUACCAUCAAUUCAUUCGAUACAGAAUUGAGCAAAGAUGAUCGCGAGAAGCUAUACCCCAGAUGUGGAAAAUUGUAUCCAGAAGGUUUGGUUGGACUUGCUCGAGCAGACGAUUACGAGCAGGUCAAACAAGUGUGUGAAUACUACUCUGAUUACAAGCCUCUGUUCGAAAAUUCUGGAAAUGCUGCUGGAGAAAAGACUUUGGAGGAUAAAUUCUUCGAAUAUGAGGUGAAACUCAACGUCUUGGCUUACCUAAACCAAUUCCACUUUGGCGUUUUCUAUGCCUUCAUUAAAUUGAAGGAACAAGAGAUGCGCAACAUCAUCUGGAUUGCUGAAUGCAUAUCACAGCGACACCGCACCAAGAUUGACAACUAUAUUCCUAUUCUGUAAGGUGCAGCAGUUCAUAUUUCUCCGUUGAUUCUGGCCACGCAUACUCAAUUGAUUCCGAGUAACACAGUCCGCUUCUGUUUGUCAGGUGGUCGCUGCGAUUUGUUGCUCGUUCAUUGGUAGAUCCUCCUCGGUUUCUAUAUUUCUAGUACUACAAGCCCCUGUCUGUGACUUGAUCAUGAUCAUUCCAUGUAUGAUACUAUAUUCUAUCAAGCCAGCUCAUCUUGCUGCGAACUGUAUAUUAGAGGAAGAGAGUUUCUAUCUGAAGAUUGUAUUGUGAUUCUGUCUGAGUGAGGAUAUUCGCGACUUCUUACAAAUUGUAUAGUGUAGGCGAAAUUUACUUCAUCAAUGACUCCAAGUAUUACGAGAUAACUUUUGAGAAUAAAUAUACAAAGCUCUUG